AGUCCUUUUAGAGGGAUGUUCAAAAAGCUCAAUAAUGUGUUCCGACCCAACCAUCAUGGAAACAGAGGCCGAGGUGAUGGUGGGCUUCACGGCGACUACCACAGCGCCUGCACGGUCCGACUGGUCCGCAGCACCUCCAUGCUGGUGGUGGGGGAGAGAAGUCGCUCUUCCGAGGGGUCAACCCUGACGCGGAGCAAGAGCAGCAUGAGCAUCGACUCGACUCUGUACUAUUAUCAGAGGCAAGAGGACAGGAUUUGGCUGUACUCCCAGAACCAGAACUGUCUGGAGUACCUGGAGGCUCUGGUGGCUCUCAGGAGGCAGUACACUAAAAGUGUUAGCGACCUGAAGAGCAACGAUGCCAAGACUGCAGCGUGUCCGAAGAGGAAACCCGCACCCCCACCUCCAAAGACGGAGGAACCGAUAUUAAGACCCAAACCAUCCACGCCUCCGGUCCCCACAGAGGAAGACACGCUGCACUUCUUUGAUGAGGUUAUCGCCAGCUGUGACAGCGAACCUCUGCGUAAACCCUACAAGGACGAUGGCCACGCAGACGUAGACUUCAUAGUGGCCUCCAGCUCAGCCGAGCACGACCUUCACUCCAACUGGGUGUUGAGGGUCCCGCGGGUCACAGACGACUCCAAACUGAGUGAAGCUCCCUAUAGUGCCAAGGAAAGCGCUUCAAAGAAGGAGAAGAAGAAGAAGAAGACGCAGCAGCAGACCGGUUCCACAAGCAGCAGACUACAACUGCAGAGGAACCCGAUCCACCUGCCCAAAGUGGUGGAGAGUGCAUUCCAGACCCUGCGCUUUAAGCCCAAAUUAAAAAAGCAGUGAGGCUAACGUGGACACGUGAAACCAGCAGCACUGCCGUGACGCUGACAGAGCUCAGACUGAAUUGUUUUCGCAGGCAAAACAUCUUUUUAAGACUGUUACACACUGACGCUGCAGCAAUCACAGUGGCUGGCAAAAGUAUUCAUAUCCCUUCAACCUUUUCACAUUUUGUCUCAUGCGGAUUUUAUUUUGUAGA